CGCGACUUACUUUGUAAAGGCGAAGCCCGGCCAGGCAGCCCUGCUCGCGCCCGCGUCGAGGCCACUUCCUGCCCCCGGCCGCCCGCGCCAGGCUCGCAGCGCCCGGCCCCCGGCCCCUCGCCGCGCCCGCCGCCAGCCGCCCGCCCAGCGCGCCGCCGCUGCGGAGCCGCGAGCCCGCCGCCCUCCGCUCCCUUCCCGCACGCCCCCUGCCCCUCCCAGGUGUCUGCGAUUUCCCCAGGCGCCCGGGGUGAGUGCGGCGUGCGUGUGAGUGUGUGUGCGUGUGUGUGCAUGAGUGUGGGGUGUGCGGGGCUCCUGCGCUCCGCUCCCGGCCGCCGCCGGACAGGCACGGACGGACCGCGCUGCCUUCCUGGGCGAGCGGCGCCCGGGCACCUGCGCUCGGCCCGGGCGCGAGUGGAGCGCGCGCCGCCGGCCGCCGGCCUCGGGAAGGUCCCGCUGCGUCCCCCCCGGGCUGGAUAUGUUCAUGUUCACGUGAAGAUGGAUUUAGUGUACGGGCUCGUGUGGCUGCUGACAGUCCUCCUGGAGGGGAUCUCCGGCCAAGGAGUGUACGCUCCCCCCACGGUUCGUAUUGUGCACUCAGGCCUGGCCUGUAACAUUGAGGAGGAGCGCUACUCAGAGAGGGUCUACACUAUACGGGAAGGAGAAACCCUAGAACUCACCUGUCUGGUCACAGGACAUCCACGUCCACAGAUCAGGUGGACCAAAACAGCAGGAAGUGCCUCUGACAGAUUCCAAGACUCAAGUGUCUUCAACGAGACUUUGAGGAUUACAAACAUUCAGCGACACCAAGGAGGCCGGUAUUACUGUAAAGCAGAGAAUGGCUUGGGGUCCCCAGCGAUAAAGUCAAUCAGAGUGGACGUGUACUAUUUGGAUGAUCCGGUAGUAACUGUGCAUCAAAGUAUAGGCGAAGCGAAAGAACAAUUUUACUAUGAGAGAACGGUGUUCCUCCGCUGCGUUGCCAAUUCCAACCCACCUGUCCGGUACAGCUGGAGACGCGGCCAGGAGGUGUUACUACAAGGAUCUGACAAAGGCGUUGAGAUUUAUGAACCCUUCUUUACCCAGGGUGAAACAAAGAUCUUAAAACUCAAGAAUCUUCGCCCUCAGGACUAUGCUAAUUACAGCUGCACUGCCUCAGUGAGGAAUGUCUGUAAUAUUCCUGAUAAGAUGGUGUCAUUUAGACUUUCCAACAAAACGGCAUCUCCGUCAAUUAAACUCUUGGUGGAUGACCCUAUAGUUGUAAACCCUGGAGAGGCCAUAACCUUAGUGUGUGUUACGACAGGAGGAGAGCCCGUACCCUCUCUCACCUGGGUUAGGUCCUUUGGGACUCUGCCUGAAAAGACUGUUUUAAAUGGAGGAACUUUGACCAUACCUGCUAUCACCUCAGAAGAUGCUGGUACCUACAGCUGCAUCGCCAAUAAUAACGUGGGAAACCCUGCAAAAAAGUCCACCAACAUCGUUGUGAGAGCAUUAAAAAAAGGACGAUUUUGGAUCACACCAGAUCCUUAUCACAAAGAUGACAACAUCCAGAUUGGGCGUGAGGUGAAAAUAUCUUGCCAAGUAGAAGCUGUCCCUUCUGAGGAGUUAACAUUUAGUUGGUUUAAAAACGGUCGUCCAUUAAGAAGUUCUGAGCGGAUGGUUAUUACGCAGACUGAUCCGGAUGUCUCCCCGGGAACGACCAACUUGGACAUCAUUGACUUAAAAUUCACGGAUUUUGGGACAUACACGUGUGUAGCAUCUCUGAAGGGAGGAGGCAUAUCUGACAUCAGUAUUGAUGUCAACAUAUCCAGCAGCACAGUUCCACCCAAUCUGACUGUUCCACAGGAAAAAUCACCUUUGGUCACCAGAGAAGGAGAUACAAUAGAACUGCAAUGUCAAGUAACUGGAAAACCUAAACCCAUCAUCCUUUGGUCUAGAGCGGAUAAGGAAGUCGCAAUGCCUGAUGGGUCAAUGCAAAUGGAGAGUUAUGACGGAACACUGAGGAUCGUGAAUGUGUCUAGGGAGAUGUCAGGAAUGUACAGAUGUCAGACCAGCCAGUACAAUGGAUUUAAUGUGAAACCAAGAGAAGCCUUGGUGCAGCUCAUCGUGCAGUAUCCUCCUGCCGUGGAGCCAGCAUUCCUGGAAAUCCGGCAAGGACAAGACCGAAGUGUCACUAUGAGCUGCCGGGUACUGAGGGCCUAUCCCAUACGGGUGCUGACCUAUGAGUGGCGUUUGGGCAACAAGUUAUUACGGACGGGUCAGUUCGACUCUCAAGAGUACACAGAAUACCCGGUGAAGAGUCUUUCCAAUGAGAACUAUGGGGUUUAUAACUGUAGCAUCAUCAAUGAAGCUGGAGCCGGCAGAUGCAGCUUUCUUGUUACAGGAAAGGCCUAUGCUCCGGAAUUCUAUUACGAUACCUACAACCCUGUGUGGCAGAACAGACACCGAGUUUAUUCCUACAGUCUGCAGUGGACACAAAUGAAUCCCGAGGCAGUAGACCGGAUUGUUGCAUACCGGUUGGGUAUUAGGCAGGCUGGACAGCAGCGUUGGUGGGAACAGGAGAUUAAAAUAAAUGGAAAUAUUCAAAAGGGAGAAUUAAUUACAUAUAAUUUGACUGAGCUAAUUAAACCAGAGGCUUACGAAGUCCGACUAACUCCUCUCACCAAAUUUGGUGAAGGAGAUUCAACAAUUCGUGUCAUCAAAUACAGUGCUCCUGUUAAUCCUCAUUUGAGAGAAUUUCACUGUGGAUUUGAAGAUGGUAACAUUUGUUUGUUCACCCAAGAUGAUACGGAUAAUUUUGACUGGACAAAGCAAAGUACUGCAACAAGAAAUACAAAAUACACUCCAAACACGGGACCUAACGCUGAUCGUAGUGGCUCCAAAGAAGGUUUUUAUAUGUACAUUGAGACGUCUCGGCCCAGAUUAGAAGGUGAAAAGGCUCGACUUCUCAGCCCUGUUUUCAGCAUAGCUCCCAAAAACCCAUAUGGACCCACGAACACUGCAUAUUGUUUCAGCUUCUUUUAUCACAUGUAUGGACAACAUAUAGGUGUUUUAAAUGUUUAUCUACGAUUGAAAGGGCAGACAACGAUAGAGAAUCCACUGUGGUCUUCAAGUGGGAAUAAAGGACAACGAUGGAAUGAGGCUCAUGUUAACAUAUAUCCAAUCACUUCAUUUCAGCUCAUCUUUGAAGGUAUUCGAGGUCCCGGCAUAGAAGGUGACAUUGCCAUUGAUGAUGUGUCAAUUGCAGAAGGAGAAUGUGCAAAGCAAGACCUGACGACUAAGAAUUCCGUUGAUGGUGCUGUUGGGAUUUUAGUACAUAUAUGGCUUUUUCCCGUUAUCGUCCUCAUCUCUAUCUUAAGUCCUCGAAGGUGACCUUAUACUGGCAGAGGCUAUAAAAGAUUCACCAGGCACUGGCAUGAAGAAAGAGUCUUUGUAAAUGGACAUUGAAAAAACAAACUACCAAAGAUUCCUCUACUGACUACUGACUCAAAAAUAAAAUAAUAAAAACAAAUUUUUUUAAGCACUGGGGAUAAAAAGACAUCAUGGAAGUAUAACUUAUUCCAAACAACAUAUAAAAGAUAAUCUUGACCUGAGUAGAGAAGAGACCUUCAGGUGCUUUUGUGGCUGAAAAGAUUACAGCGUCAUCUGGUCAUCUGGUUGAACUCUGGAAAAAAAAAAGAGCUAUAGAAAUCCUUGUCAAAGCACAAAGUCAUGGCUGGUUUUGUUUCAAAUGAAUAGUUUGCUUGUUACCAUGGAAACCUAAUGGCCUGCCAACAAAAACCUCACUGUAAACAGGGUACGUGAAGAGCUGGCAUUUAUUUUCCUUUCGAGAAGGUUUUACGUAGAGAAUUAAAUAAAUGUAGGCCCUUUUACCUUUGGUUGUUACCCUUCCUUGAAAAUAACCCGAACUCAGAAUUAUUUAAAACAUUCAUGUUCCUCCCUACCCCACCUUUAUGAUUAUUCUGUUUCCCCCCAUGGCUCAGCUAGAUAAUGUAUGCUGUCUCCUUCUGCAUGCACUCCUCUCCAGGGGCUCAACCUGGGCUUACAUAUUACACAGGCUUAUCGGAGUUUGCUUGCGGCCACUUGAACACCCAAACUAAGUCAUCUGUUCCAACGAAGAAACCAAACCACCAUCUUUUAUAAAUUGCCAUGGAAACCAAGUGCCUUCAAUGAAACAAGCCUGAAUAAUUUUCAACUCAGAAGCUUGCACUGCUAAGAGUGGUUUGUGUAAAACUCUUUUUCUAAACAAACUACAGAGCCUCAAUGUGCAAAUUACAGGCAAGACAACAAAGCCGCUUCUGAAAAAGAAAGGACCGGAGCUGCUGCGUGAGCCCAUGCAGACGAGCUGCUUGUUGCUGGACCUCCUGGACGGCCAUGGCCUUCGGCUUCUUGUCCAUUAGAAAAUCACUUCCUUUGAGACCAGACGUGGGAGCAACGCUUUGUUCUUCCAGGUUAUUAAGUGGGUCAACCAGAGUAAAAGGUGGUUAAGAUAAUACUUAGCGCAGAAGGUGAUAAAACACACGAGUGAUUUUUUUACUCUCGCCUCCAUGUGAAAUGAAAUUGGCCCUAGCUUUAGAGGGAGCAAGAAAAUGUGUAUGAUUGCAGUGCACACAAACUCUACAGCGGAACUGGGCCUGAACAAUCUGGCUUUAUUCUAAACACUGAGGGUCGUAUGCCUCUGCCCUUUAGUCAGACUCUGUGCAAAUUGUGAAAUAUUAUUUUAUUAUUUUACCAAGAUUAAAAACACUUUUACAAAAAAACGAAAACCUGUAAAAAUGAUUUUGAGCUACCUGAGGACAAAUCAUACCUUUAACCAGCCAGUUUUCCAACGCAUUGUAAAUUUCACUUAAACCUGUUGGUUAUGAAAAUUUGAAGAUCUUUUUCCUUAAAUUAUCUCAGCUUUUAACUUCAUUUAAAAAGACUUUUGUCUAAAGAAGAAUAUUAUUAUUAUUAUUAUAUGUUCUUUCAACACCCCAGGAUUAAAAAAAAACUGAUUAUGCAAGUAAUUGGGAUAUAAGCAUUAAAUUAGAACAUUUGCAAAUAUUAAUAUAAAAAGCACAACAAAAUGUAGUGGAAAAAUGACAAAGCUUGAUUUUUUAAAAAAAUUCUGUAGAAAUGUUUGUGCAAAUUCAGUAAUUCAACUUAAAAGAUAAUUUUACAGCUAUGUUCAAUAAAGCCUCUUUCCAGGUAAGGUAUGAAAAGCUGUAUGUGUGUUUGUUGAGCAAUGUUCACUGAUCACGAAAAUGAGACUAGUUAUACAAUUUAUCGGUUCUGUGGCCCUGGGAUAAAUCUUCAGUGCUUCAUAAACCCUAAUGUCUGCAGGAAGAAAGUUUAAUAGGAACACCCUGGCGCACUCUUCUAUAUUUGUAAUAGAUGUAAAAAAAGAUGUCAAGCCUUUCAAAGUAAAAUACGAAACAGAUAAGAAGAACUUGGAAUUUAAUGCGUAUCCUCACAGUUAAAGAGGGGACCAGUUGGAAUGUCUAGGUAGUGAUAGAAUUGAGCUAAACCAAAUCUUUUAAAUUAAAAAGAAUAAACAAGUGAGUUUCCUAACUUUUUUGAACAAAUCAGGCAUACUGAAAAAUUUUCAAAAUUACAGUCAUUUUAUCAAACCAAAGAGAUUAAAGUAAAGAAUAUUGGGGCACUUAGCUUAAUAUUUGCUAAAUUUUCCUUCACCUUGGCUUCUAUUUUUUGUGGCAACUAACCGUUUAUCUCCACUAUCCUGCAUGAGUGGAUCAUCCUUUCUAAUUGAACUUCUGCACACUCAUUGCUGAUAAUAUCAAUAAAAAUGUUUUAGGUCUAAAGAGAGGCUUAACUCCUUGCUGCCUUCUUUCCUUGAUCUUUGAUUUGAGUGAGGCUUUUGCAAAAAACUAAGAAGUUUAUAUUCAGAAUAUUUGGAUAUACAUGUGUCCUUUCCAGGAAAACAGUCAAGUCUCCUUUUUCCUAAGUAAGCCUGCACAAGAAAUUCCUGAAGAUGAACGUUUCAAUCCUACUGCUAAGCAUUCAUGAGAUACUAUAGUCUUUCCCUAACCUUUCACACAGUAAGAAUACACAAUUCUUCAGAAGUUCAUGAGAACUGGCUGGUACUUCAAAAAUUAAUUUUGAUUAGAUUUUGAGAAAUUGCAGGUGAUUGCCAAGAACAAAGGGGCCAUCAGAAGAACAGCGAAGCAAUCAGAUUUAUUGAUACAGUAAUAAAAUACGCAUCUCAAGUGGGUUCCGGAUCAUUUAAACAAACCAACAAACUCAGAAUUAGAAUCAGUUUUUUUCACUCCAGAUCAAAUGUUCAGUUGCUUUAAUUGAAAGUAAGUGGAUAAAAAUGCGGGAAAUUUGGGAUAAGUGAAAUGUUAAUCGUGUUAAGUAGUCUCUUCUUUAAUAUUAGUAAUAAUAAUGACAACUUUGAAGCACUUCCCUGUUUACCAAUUGCCUUCCUUUUCCUCAUAUUUUUUGUAUUUAUUAUGAGUUGAACUGACCCACAUACUCCCCCUUUUUCCUUUUUGAUAACAUAUUUUAAGUGUGAUUGAUGCCAAUAUUUUUCUGUUCUUUUAUAGGAAGGCAUCAGGCAAUGGAUCAUUUAAUUUGGGGGGAGAAAGAUUAUACCAUGUAGUCACCAUUAGUUAGGAACAUUACUCUGUUUCAUUAGUUCAAAGAUGCUUGCUUCUCCACAUUUUAACAUCUCUGCAAGCGGGCCUAUUUUAAUUACAAUUGGCAGCAUCUGUGUAGUGAUAUACAUAAAAUAAUGCAGCAUCUUAAAACUCAUGGCCUCUUAGACAUGUUGAAAUUCACUAAUGUUUCCAGAAGUGCCAAAUUAUGGCCAAUAUUAUUACUUUUCAUCAAACUCAAAAGUGAGAAAAAGAUACCCCAUCAGCUUGUUAGGAUUUAUAUGAAAUACUCGUUGACUAUGCAUUAUUUAAAAAUAACGUAACUUUUACUUUGUGCUUUUUGAAAAUCUGAGACUUCUCUUAUAUAUAUUAUAUACAUACCUAGCCUUGCUUUCUUUUUUCCUGCUACCUACUUUUUAGUUCCAUCGUGAAUUACAAACCGCUACGUAUCCCUGAUCUAAAAUAUUUUCUGGUUUCAUGUGAUUCAUAGUACUUAGUAGGUUAGAAGUUUGGCCUGUCGUUAAAUUUUCUUUAAGAGAUUAGAACGAUGCAUGGAACACCACAAUGUCAUGCAAUAGACUAAACUCAUGGUACUUCAUUUCACAUAUAUCAAAACAUGGACUUUGGCAUGGCAAUGAAUUAUGAUCAUUAUAAUAAUCCGAAUUACAAACCAACUGGUCAGUUACAUCUUGUUACAAAUAGUAAAAAUAUUCCCAUUCUUUACUUUUAUAUUUUCAAAUACAACAAAAUAUGAAUGACAACUGUACUAACUUUUCACCAAACAUGCAUUUUUAUUUUAACGACUUUGUAAUAAACUUAUCUGUCAAAAAGUGUAAUUUGAAGAACAAUUAAUUUAAUUCUAGACUGAAGACUGUGUGAAACUGGCUAUGGUAUUUUUCAUGGUCUAUUCUUGUUUGGUUGUUUUUGAUUAGUGGUUUGAAACACGGUGACAGACUCAUCUGAUUUUGAUGGUGUGAUUGACUUAAAAGGAUUCUCUUGAAUGCAUGUUCUUUAUCAAAACCUUUUUUUUUUUUUUUAACGUGCCUUUCAAAGAUCAGGGCCUCUCAACAGACAUUGAAACUGGAAAACUUUUACUCCAAAUUCCUUUUCUUCUUGGUUGACAACUACUUCUUACUAAUUGCUACGCCUGCGUCUCCACAAAGCAGAAGGGGUACUCUUCUUGCAACUGGCUAGUUGAUGUCAAUGAGGAGUUAUUGCAUUUUCUAUGAAAACAAUAAAAUCAUAGGGUUCUGUCCCAAGCUAGUUCCUUUCCUACAAUAUUCCCUUUGUGGCUAACCAAUUUAAUUAGUUUUCUUAGUGCUUAUUUUUAAAAAGCAAUGUCUCUGGCAUUUUCUACUUCAACUUAGGAGAAAAGCUACCACAGAAUGAUCAGAACUUUUUUUCCAAAUCUGAUAUAAAAAGUUCGUUGCUGAGUAUCCGUAAUAUUUAUAAGUAUAUAUAUAUAUAUGUUAUUGCAUAGAAAAAGUAAUGCUUAAAGACUUGAAGUUUUAAUGUGAAAUCUGUCAAUUCAGAAUCAAUCCAUCAUAUGUUCAUGUUUGCUUGGAAACAGAAGUGAAAGUUAGGGAGAAAUAAAUAUUCCAUAUGUUUGUAUAUGGACUGCUUUAUUGACAUAUAUUAAUAUAAAGGUUAUUAAAUUAUGAGUGGUGAUUUCACUACCCUGAACCCACAUGAGUAUAUUGAAAUUAAAGAAUUGAAAUUCAAAAUUUUGAGUAGGGCAGAGGUUAAACUCUGGGUAGAAACUGAAAUAGUUUUGUCAAGGGAAUAUUUACAACUGAUUGAAUUUCAUUUCAAUUGUACUAAUUUUCCAUGAGUUGACCUAAAAUGUAUUCUUAUUUUUCAAUAAAAUGAUGGGAAAUUCUAUGAAAUAGGGAUUAGCUUGUUAGUUUCAGUUUGUUUUUGUAUUGCUCUUAAUUGUUGUCCUGGAUUUCCAGGAUAUCAUUUUUAUUUCUUGAGUCUCAUCAGUUAUAUUUAAAUGUAUACGUUUAAUCAAAUAUACAUUGUGUUCAAUUUAUAUUGAAUAUUAGUUACAUUUUAGAACUCAAAGUUUAGUUUUAACUUACUUUUCCUUUUGACAUUUUCCUUCUGCUAAAUAGUUUCAGAUAGCUGUAUGUUAUUUUCCCUUGAAUUUUCUUUCAAUAAAUGAAAUUAUGUUAAAUACUC